AUGGCGCGCGGCUACUUUUCACCAAUCGACUACGUCCAGGGCCAACUGGUGCGGGAGGCCAUUCUCGCUUUCGACCAAAUUGCCCACAUUCUAUGUGACAGGUCUCCGUCGUUGACGUACAAGGACAAUGGCAAGCAGUGCCCAACUCCGUCGUUCAUUUACUACAGCGCUAAACUUUCCCCGACUGGUGUCCCCUCAUUUGAAGGAAGGCCGAUAGGCUUUGACCAGGAGGAGCUGGCUGGCGAGAAGCUAAAGGAUGCAGCGUACCUGAACACCAUUAUUGGGCAAUGUAUCGAGCGUUUCGAAAGGACGAUCGAUAUCUACAGCUGCCUGCUCCAGCCUGAGUCUCAUUUCUGCUCCGAAGAACCAGCUACUGCAUCGGCUCCAGCUGAGGAAGACCAGGUGCCGGCGUCGCCAUCGCCGGCGGAGAACGAACACGAACAGUCGGAUUCACCUAGUUCACGAUAUGCCACUCCCGCCCAACCUGACACGAGCCCAGAAGUCACCAGCAAUCGAGCUUCAGUCGUCGAACUCAACGAACCCGAGUCGCCACGAACAGUGACCACCAUCGACUUUGACGACGUGUAUCGAGGCGGCACAUCCGCGACGACGCAUUUUAUUCUCGACUACGAAUACUCCCUCAAAGCUGCACCGAAUGUCAGUGGACGCUGGUGGAUUCUGCGCUGCGAGCAGUGCGACUGGCACGGCCUGUCCGAGAGACCUGGGACAUUUCACAUGGAGCUCCAUCCUGAGUUGAGGAUUGACGACCUGGAAUCGGCGGUCGAGGCAUUUGGAGUGCUCGUUCUCAAUUGCACACCAGACCUGGCCGAUACGAACAAUGUUCAUGUCCGCAAAGUGAUGCAAGACCGAGCUUCCGAACCGACUACGGCACGAGCGCGACACAAGAACAAGAGAAGAAAGGUGGUGAAGAUCAGUGUAUCACCCAGAUCGUUCACGGAGCGGCAGUUGAUCGCCGAUCCUUCUGUCGGAGAGAUGUACCUCGCUGGAUGGUCGGACGGUAAGCUGUACGGCGCCGUUGCUCUUCCUCUUGGGGACUUCAUGCCUAGAGCCUCCAUCCCAGGAAGCAUGUGGGAUUCGGGACUGCUGUCAAGCGUGCCCAAGUGCUAUCGAAUCAACAAAAGGGCGCGUCACUUCUCUUGGGCUGAGGGCUUCGAAGACGGCGGUACAAGCGUGGGCUUUCGGCAAUUCCCGCUGUUCUACUUUGACAACCCAAAAGUAGAAGACGGACACGUUGGCUGGGCAUAUGCUCACGACCUCCACCCAUUCGACUUGGCCAAGAUAGAUUCAGGCCUUACAAGACCUGCCGCCUUGUAUGCCAAGCACUAUAAACAUUCGAAUCAUACACCGUUUAGCCAGGAGCUUUUUUCGCACCACCAGGGCCAAAUUAAACCUGUUACUGAACACACCCUAAUCCAAAAGCACUCGGGAGAGGAGAAGAGCAGCAGUUCCUCUCCCACUCCCCAGACCACAUCGACAGAGGCAGAUACGGACAUAGGCCACGGCAAGAAAACAGUUGACGGUCAAGGCUGUACACCAUCAUCCGAUGGGUCCAGGCACUCUUUCGAUCCCUUGUUCGAGUCUCAACAGCAUACCGAAGAUGCUGCCUUCGAUAGCCAGACCUACAAUUCACCAGUCUCGAUCUACGGUACCUUCCGACGGAGUGUUACCAUUGAGCAAGGAAUUCCUCUGCCAGAUGCCCAGAUGACGCCACUUGGAGAGCCUGAAGAUGAGGUCAUUCAUCACCCUGUGCAACCAAGCGACUGCGAUCCGUUUGCGACGAUCAAGACUGAACCGUGGGAUAUGCUCGGUGAAACACAGGAUGGAACGCCUUUCACCGACGCAAUGGAAAACAGUGUUCCUCUACCUCAAUUCUUCAGCCAGCUUACCAGCGAGGAUUGGAUGAUUGAGCAAGAUGGGGACGAGCUAUACAACGACGGCGGUUCUUAG